UCUCUCACGCCGCACUAUUCGGAAGAAGAAACCCCAUAGAACCAAAAAACCGGCACACCAAACACACCUUCAAGCCAACAUGCAACAUUAUGUACUUCGGACUUUGGCUCUUUGCAACAUAAGAUACGGCCAGAGAAUAGCGAUAAAGUGCAAGUAAAAUGAAAUAGAAUAAAAUGUCAGCUAAAUGGAUAAUUGGCCCUAGUUCUACUUAGAGUCUGACAUUUGGUCAGUAGCUGUGAACAGCCAGAGGCGAGCGGACGCGAUUUCCAAAUAAAAAAAAAGGAUAACAAAAAACUAAAAACUACAAAACAAGCGAUACCAAAAGCGAAUCAGCUAUUAGUUACAAGAAACAACAAAUUCGGGAUUUACUUAACAUAUCCUUAAAGCGUUCAAAAUGAAGAACUUUGAAUUCUUAAGCCUGUCCUCGGUGGGCAUGAGCAUAGCCUGUAUGGAAGUUCUGAUAGCUCUCAGUGUCCUGGCACCUUCAAGCUAUUACCUGUACUUUGAUUUCGUGGACAUUGAAAAAUGGGAGCAUUCUGACGAAGUAGAGGCUUUAACGCCAUUCGGAACCUUCUUUUCCACCUUGGUGGAUUAUCUGUGGGUGCGAGAGUUCUCGCAAGUAUUCUACAUGACAGCAACUCUUAUAAUUUGGGUGAAGGCAUUGAUAAAUCUAAUGGUGGCCUGCCUUCUAGUCGAUGGCAUCAAGCAGAAACGACUUGUAUGCAUUGCCCCCUGGUUGAUCAAUGCAUGCCUUUCAAUGGUCGUUGAGACGGGCAUUUUUGUGAGUCUGGAGCUACGAAUUGACGAAAUUGAUGCUGCCGUGGAUCGUAGAAUAGCAAGAAGUUUGAUUUUUGGUAUCUUUAUAGUGUUAAAUGCACUAUUUUGUUAUGGUAUCUAUGCUCUGUAUCGGAAGCUAAAGAAGUCAUCGCCCAGUGAAAAUCUCGAAGUUAUUCCCCAGAGCCCACACACAUUCAAUGCCUGAACUGAUUUGGAUUCUUGGUAUAUCCUUAAAUCUUAAACUAAAUGUCAUGUCUCACACUUCAAUGUUUUGGAAUAGGUAAAUAAAAUGAUAUAAAUACUAAAUUUAA